UGCUAGUUGUGGUCGUUCACUCUCAUCGUGAACUUGUUCAGUUCCCAGGGAAACGGCCUUUCUCUGUUGCCUUGAUGACUGACUUCCCCACGCUCGACGAUUUCUAGGCAGACCAGUAUCGUUUUCAUAUUCCACGACCUGUUGAUGGACCCGAACUGAUGCGGCACGACAAUGUUAGUCUCGUCGGUGGAGUCUUCCUGUUUUUAAGGGGGCAGCUGGUGGAAGUCUUUUGUGGAGGACGAUCACUGAGCUAUCGACUACCCACACAGCCCAAUUGGGCUGAUGACAACCGUAAAGGUUUCCGCAGAUUUGGAUAGUUUGUGGAAGAUGGCAUGGUUGAUCUAGUUGACAAGUGCAUGCGGCGUUCGAUGAGUAUCAGAGACCCCUCAGUUGAGUCGGACAAUGGACUCGAAGACGUCGAAUGACACUUUCAUUAACCUGCUAGUCACAAAGCUUCAUUUUAAGGUCCCUUCAGCCCAGAUCAUGUAGCAUCAUGGAAUUCUGC